GGCAACGCGACGGCGCCCCUCACACACACACGCGCGCGCGUGCCAUCGGUGGGAGCACUAUGGACCUGUGGAGGCAGUGCGCCACCUGGCUCAUCCAGUGCCGGGUUUUACCCGAGAACCACCGGGUCACCUGGGAGAGCGCCCAGGUGUGUGAGCUGGCUCACGCGUUGCGUGAUGGUGUGCUGCUCUGCCAGCUGCUCAAUAACCUCCGGCCACACUCUAUCAACCUGAGGGACAUCAACCUCCGGCCGCAGAUGUCUCAGUUCCUCUGCCUGAAGAACAUCAGAACCUUCCUCGGGGCCUGUCAGGACUGUUUUGGGCUGAAGAAAAAUGAGCUCUUUGAGGCCUUUGACCUCUUUGAUGUGCGGGACUUCGCUAAGGUUAUUGACACGCUGUCUAUUUUGUCUUACACAUCGAUUGCAAUUGAUCGAGGAAUACAGCCUUUUCCUGUGGAGGGCAGUGUCCCAGAUGAAGAAAUCUACAGUGGCCUGUCUGACCAGAUCGAUGACACGGCCGAUGAAGACGAUGACCUCUACGACUGUGUGGAGGAUGAGGCAAAUGAGGGGGAUGAGAUUUAUGAAGACCUCAUGCGAGUGGAAGAACCUGCGGAAGCGCAGCAGAAGAUGACUGAUGUGGACAAGAAAAACUGCUGUCUACAGGAGAUCAAACAAACAGAGGAGAAAUACACAGACACAUUGGAGUCCAUUUUAAAGCAUUUCAAGAAACCCUUACAGCGAUUCCUGCAGCCAGAGGAUUUGGAGAACAUCUUCAUAAACAUUGAAGAGCUUGCAGUGACACAUCGCAACCUCCUGGAGGAGAUCCGCACAUCACUUCACAUGUACGGGGCGGAAAACCUCCACCAGGUCUUCAUCAGUUACAAAGAGAGGUUACUGCUAUACGGUCGCUACUGCAGCCAGGUGGAAUCAGCCACCAAGCACUUGGACAAGAUCGCCACCAUGAAGGAGGACGUGCGGAUGAAGCUAGAGGAAUGUUCAAAGCGAGCAAACAGUGGGAGGUUUUCCCUUCGAGAUCUACUGAUGGUUCCCAUGCAAAGAGUCCUCAAGUAUCACCUGCUCUUACAGGAGCUUGUCAAGCACACCUCUAACCCAACAGAGAAGGAGAACUUGCGAAACGCACUGGACGCCAUGCGGGACUUGGCGCAGUGUGUGAACGAAGUCAAACGGGACAAUGAGAUCUUGCGGCAAAUCACCACCUUCCAGCUCUCUAUAGAAAACUUGAGCCAGUCUCUCGCACUCUACGGUCGCCCCAAGAUAGACGGUGAGCUGAAGAUUGCCAGCCUGGAGAAGAAGUCCAGACAGGACAGAUAUGCCUUCCUGUUCGACCGCGCCAUGCUGGUAUGUAAGAAGAAGAGUGGUGACAGCAUGGAGUUGAAAGACCUCAUCGAGUUGGAGCGCUACAACCUCCGAGAUGAGUCUGCUGGAGAAAAAGAAAAUAAGAAGUGGUCCCACGUCUUCUACCUGAUAGACUCCUAUGGGCAGCACAGUUUUGAUCUGUACUUCAAGACCAAGGAGCUGAAGAAGAAGUGGCUCGAGCAGUUCCAGAUGGCUCAGUCCAACAUGUUCCCUGAGAACAACACAGCAAACAGCCACGACUUCCAGAUGCACUGCUUUGAGGAAACCACGUCCUGCCGCGCCUGCCAAAUGCUGCUCAGGGGCAUCUUUUUCCAGGGCUACCGCUGCACUCGCUGUAAGGCGUCCGCACACAAGGAGUGUUUGGGCCGGGUGCCUGCCUGCGGGAGGAACUCGGAGUUCUCAGGCACCAUCAGGAAGGACAGGAACCAGCGGGGGGCUGCCAAUAGGACAGCAGACUCAGGGUGCCCGAAGAUGGAGGUGUUCCAGGAGUACUAUGGGCUGCCACCACCCCCUGUAGGCUUUGGCCAGCCGCUGCACCUCGCCAUGGGUGACAUCAUCGAGUUGACUCGGGCAGAGGCGGAGCUACAGUGGUGGGAGGGUCGAAAUAUAACAGCAGGAGAGAUGGGCUGGUUCCCCUGCUCUAAGGUCAAACCCUACAGACCUAGACCAACUCCAGACCUGACUGACUUUCCCUGGUUUGCGGGCAACAUGGACCGGGCGGCGGCCAAGAACCUGCUCGUCUCGCGCUCGGAUGGAACGUACUUGGUCCGCCAGAAGGAGGGCGCGGAGUUCGCCAUCAGCAUCAAGUUCAAGGUGGAGGUCAAACACAUCAGAAUCACAUCUACAGAAGGACUGUACCGCAUCAACGACAAGAAGGCCUUCAAGGGAAUAAUGGAUCUGGUGCAAUUCUACCAGCGGAACUCGCUAAGGGAGUGCUUCAAAGGCCUCGACUCGCCCCUGCAGUUUCCCUACAAAGAGCCAGAACAGAACGUGGCGCCAGCAACCCCAGCAGAGGGCAGCACGCGCUACUUCGGGACGGCCCGGGCGCGGUACGACUUCUCGGCCCGCGAUCGCACCGAGUUGUCGCUGCGUGAGGGAGACACGGUGAAGAUCAUCUCCAAGAAGUCCCACAACGGCUGGUGGAAGGGCGAGGUGUACGGCCGGGUGGGCCUGUUUCCUGCCAAUUAUGUCGAGGAGGACUACUCCGACUACUGCUAGCGAGGACAGAAAGCGUCCACAGCGAUAUCCUGAGAAAGCAAAGCCAACUGGUGCACAGGGUCAGUCCAGAGUGCCCAGUACUGCACACGUCCAGAGCCUCACUGACACACCUCCCCCCACCGCGGUCCCACCGUCGCAUCCUUUGCUCCUGGACGUCCAUAAGUCCCUUGUUUACUCUAUAUGUAAAAAUAAACUUCUGA